UGGGCGGUGCCCGGCGGCCGCAGGAGCCGGCGAUGGGGCGGCGCGGGCCGCGCUGAGGGGCCGCGGGCGCCGGGACCGCAGGUCUCAGUGCCACCGGAGCGGGUCCCCGGGGCGGAGGGGCCCGCAGCUGCCAUGACGACUGGCGACUGCUGCCACCUGCCCGGCUCCCUCUGCGACUGCCCGGGCGGCGCUGCCCUGGCCAAGGCGGUGGAGGACGCCGACCUCGGCCGCCCGCACUACGUGACCCAGGUCAGCAGCAGGGACGGGAGGCUGCUGUCCACCGUCAUCAGGGCGCUGGGAGCGCAGAGUGACGGUCCCAUCUGCCGCAUCUGCCACGAAGGUGGAAGUGGGGAGGGUCUGCUCUCGCCCUGCGACUGCACAGGGACGCUGGGCACCGUGCACAAGAGCUGCCUGGAGAAGUGGCUGUCCUCCUCCAACACCAGCUACUGUGAGCUCUGCCACACCGAGUUUGUGGUAGAGAGAAGACCAAGGCCUUUGACAGAGUGGCUGCAGGACCCGGGGCCGCGCAGCGAGAAGCGAACACUCUUCUGCGACAUGGUUUGCUUCCUCUUCAUCACGCCCCUGGCUGCCAUCUCGGGCUGGCUCUGCCUGCGGGGGGCGCAGGACCACCUGCAGUUCAACAGCCGCCUGGAGGCCAUCGGCCUCAUCGCCCUCACCAUUGCACUUUUCACCAUCUACGUCCUCUGGACGCUGGUGUCGUUCCGCUACCACUGCCAGCUGUACUCGGAGUGGCGCAGGACCAACCAGAAGGUGCGCCUGAUGCUGCCGGCCGCGCGGAGCCCUCACCCCCUGCCCCACUCCCUCCUCUCUGCCAAGCUCAUGAAGAAGGCCGCGGAUGAAACCAGCGUCUGAGGCGCCCCCGUGGGCGCUGCACCCCGCAGCUGCCGGGCCCAGGGCAGCCCCCGGCGCGGGCAGAAGCGACGAGGGUCGAGUGCCCCCCAGGCACGCAGGGCACAUGGCACCUGUGGAGGCGCUGGGACGGAAUCAUCCCACCCGAGGGGACUUUGUGCUCAGCACCUGCUCCGUACCGAGGCAAAGGGGCAGAUGCCCAACGUCUGCCGCAUCAGGCAGCCCCAGGAGCGGGUGGCAGGAGGUGCCUGUCUGCAGGGACACUUUGCUGUGCCCGAGCAGCACAGGGGGGAGUGGCUCCAGCUCCAUCUCUCUCUAGAUCAGAUGAUUUUUUAAGGCCAUGCAGAUUGUGUCCCAGUCCCUCCCUGUCGAUGUUCUGAGCUUCAGUCGGGAGCUGGCAGCCUGAUCUCAUUCAGAGGUUACCUCUAUGCCUUUUCUCCAGCCGAGCAGACAAAGAACUCUUCUCAUCCUCCCCCCUCCGGAGCCUCCUUCUCCUUUGCACUAAAUUGGUUUUGAUAAUCCUGCAGCAGCCUUUCCCCUCACUCCUUGGUCUCUUCGUGGUGUUUUUGUCCUUUCUAGAACCCUGUGUGUUUUUAAUAACUACUCUAAGCCCAGAAGGAGCCCAGUGCCACCACCCCGAGUGCAGAGCUUUUGUACUCCAAGUACUGUACUUUUGAGAAUUGCAGAAGGAGUUUCACCCUUGGGACAUCUCUUCCUGUGCAGCUGUGAGCUCACUAAACCCUUUCCUUGCAGAUCCUCUCUCGUCCCCAGCACGUGGAUGCACUCAGCCCUUGCUGUGCCUGGCAAAGGUAGAUGGAGGAGCUGGGGAUGAGCAGCCAUGGCUCGUGCUAGCUAAAGCCACCAUUGCCUUUUGCUUUGGCAGGAUGCUGAAGGGAGCUCUCCUGAGCCCAGGGGCUUGGAGGCUCUGUUUGCUGAUGUCCUUCCACCACCCUGAGGCUGGCCCUCUCGUAGCAUUGGUCACAGCACACCUUAGGGACAGGCCCUGCUGUCCUGGCUGUCCCCACGCAUUUGAUUUGCACAUUCCUGGGCAGCAGCCCCGGGAGCUGCUGUGGUUUGGUUUGGCCCUGAAGCUCUACCUGCCUGCUUUGCAUCCUCCAGGGAAGCACCCCGGGGUUGCUGGCUCACAGAGAACAGGCUCUGGGUUCCCUCUGCACUGCCAGCAUUGUUGCUCCUCCUCCUCUUCACCCACCUGCAUUCCCAGCACAUCCAGCUAAGAGCCUCUCUGGGGGCGCCUGCUCUGCCAAGAGUCUCCUUGGCUUUGGCUUUAGUCCUUGUCUCUCCUCUGCCUCCCCACGCUGCCAGGCAAUGCCUGUGCUUGAUGCUCUGCAUCCCUGAGCCCUCUGAGGGGAGCAGGCCAUAAGGACACCAGUGUGGGCACUGCCCUGGUCCUCCCACCUGCCGUGGUGAGAGUGGGCAGUAGAGAGGAGGCAGACUCCGAAGCGCCCAUGGCUUUGCAGAGGGGGGUGGCAGUCACACCAUGCCCCUUUUGCUCUGCUGAGCCCAGGUGGAUCAGUCCAGUGCCCUGCUGGAGCGAGCCCUGGCAGUGCUUUCAUUCAGUGCCCUGUGUGCCCUUGCCCUGCUCUCCAGCUGCAAAGCAGGAGGAUGCUUCCCUCUUGCUGGCCCUAGGCUGGAAGCUGCUGGCAUGAGCAGCAAGGGCCAGUGGCCUGUCUCCCCCAGCAGGAUCGCUCCAGCCCUGGGGCCUGUCUGUGCUCUUCUCCACCUUCUGUCCCAGGGCUCUGGGUGGCAGCCCAACACAGCAGCCUCUCUGUGCCCAGCUGUGGGCUGGCCCAAGCUGGUCUGUGUUCUGAGUGUGAAGCUCUCUGAUUGUGGCUGUCUUCUGCUGCAGCCAGGCUGUGCAUCUCUGCUCCCUCCCUGCCUGUCCCUUCCCUUCUGCCAUCUGUCCAUGGGCACCUUCCCUUCUCCCUGUCGUGCAGGGUUGCUGCUCCGUGCUGCAGGCUGUGCAGUGCAGAGGGGCCUGGGUCUGGGCCCUGCACAGCAGCAGUGUCCUGCUUGCAGCCAGCUUGUGCAGGGUUGCUGCUCCAUCCACAUGCCCCUUCCCACGGCAGCGAGGGCUGCACCACUGCUCUGUGCCUUGUCCUGGGUCCCCUUUCCUUCAGCCCCUCCCCAGCAAACCCAUUGUCACCAGGACACAUUCCCAGUGGAGACAGCUGGGGGGGGGUUAGUUAAACCUUCCCGGCUCUGGCUGCCUCCCAGCAGCUGAGGCUCGCAGCAGGCUGCUGGUGGCAGGUAGCGAAGCUCUCCCACUCCACAAUUCCCUGGCGACGCCUCGCAGGAGCCACUCGGGAAGUGCACUCUUGGUCCAGACAUGCGACUGUGGAAGCCACAGGUCCCUGGCUGGGAGCGGCUGGGGCCGGGCCCUGUGCUUGCCUCUCGGCUUCCUCCUCUCUGCCGUAGCUGCCAAGCGCCGGAGCUGUUGCAUGUGUCCCUGCAAACCCCCGCAGCGACUCCCCGAGCCUUCUCCUCCUGCCCGGAGGAGGUGUCCAGCUGGUGGCCGUGGGGGCUUGGUGCCUGGCAGCCUGCCCCGCCAGCGUCCGGGGGAACCGGGCUCGGUGCCUGGCAGCCUGCCCCGCCAGCGUCCGGGGGAACCGGGCUCGGUGCCUGGCAGCCUGCCCCGCCAGCGUCCGGGGGAACCGGGCUCGGUGCCUGGCAGCCUGCCCCGCCAGCGUCCGGGGGAACCGGGCUCGGUGCCUGGCAGCCUGCCCCGCCAGCGUCCGGGGGAACCGGGCUCGGUGCCUCGCAGCCUGCCCCGCCAGCGUCCGGGGGAACCGGGCUCGGUGCCUGGCAGCCUGCCCCGCCAGCGUCCGCGGGAACCGGGCUCGGUGCCUGGCAGCCUGCCCCGCCAGCGUCCGGGGGAACCGGGCUCGGUGCCUCGCAGCCUGCCCCGCCAGCGUCCGCGGGAACCGGGCCGUGCAAUUCUGUAAAUAAACGUCAGACCGACCCGGG